AAAUAUGAUUCCAAGCCUCUAGUUAUAGACUUGUCGCAAACAAAUAUCCUUUUGACUAAAUUUCCGUUAUUUUCCUCACCAAGCCGUCAAGGGGCACUUCCAGCAGCCAUGGACUUCCUCAUUACGGAUAUUCAGGAGAAGGAGGUGACUGUACCGACAGCUCCAAGCUUCCCUCAGGUUAAAUCAACUACGACCGGGUUCCCCGAACACAAGAAGCGAACUCGGAUUUCAGCCUUCAAGCAAAAGCGACAGGCUGCAAAACCAGAAGGAGAUAAACCAAAAGGGGAGAAACCAAAAGUUUUCACGACAGGAUCGAAAGAACCUCUUUGCCCGCCGAGUCAAGAUGCGCAACAGACAACGCGAUCAAGCGAAGAUUUCAAGCUGAACGAGCAACAAAGCAUAGAUCGCGAAAAUAAUGACAGGUUGGCAUCGAUGUCACCAGAAGAGAUAGAGGCGGCCAGGCAGGAGCUUUUCAACGGUCUAGAUCCCUCUAUACUUGAAAUGCUACUCAAACGCGCCAACUUAGACGAAUCUACUGGGCCCUCGCCUUUCGAUCCUCCCAAGUCUACCUCGCAAGAUGCCUCCUCGGACGCAAAGCCGACGCAAGAUUCUCCCGAGAUAGUAAUAGAAGAUACAUCCGCUCAAUCAAAUAGUAAUAAGCCCAACAAGAAACCUUCAGAACAGAGCGGGGCAGAAUCAGCCACUACAAAUAGCUCCAAACGCGUCCGAUGGGCCUCAGUAGCAGAUGAGGAGGAAGAAGAAGAAAAAAUGAUUCCGGAGAUGACUCCGACACCCACCUCACAACCCCCUUCCGACAACAACACCGCACAGAAUCCCCCCUCAACAGAACCCACAGAACAACGCAACACCACCGACCCCGAACAAACACCAACCAAGCCUCACUGGCCGCAGCCCCCUCAACCCGGAGACCUCGACCCGCACGACCCCGACUUCCUCCAAAAGCUUCACGACAAGUACUUCCCGAGUCUACCCGCGGACCCCUCGAAGUUAGCCUGGAUGGCGCCCGUGCCAACACCCAACUCGCCCGCCGAUUACGACAGCCCGUACCAUCCACAGCAGGAUUCCCUCCCCGUCUCCGUGCUGCGCUUCGACUUCCGGGGUUCGUUACUCCCGCCGCGGAUCGCGCGCGCCGUCCCCGUGACCAAAGGCCUGCACCACCACGGCGAGGCGCCAGAGGCCGCGGGGUACACGGUGCGGGAGCUGGCGCGCCUAUGCCGCAGCGCCGUUCCCGGCCAGCGGUGCGUUGCGUACCAGACUCUCGGUCGCAUUCUGUACCGGCUCGGGCGCGGCGAGUUUGGUGGGGUAGACGCCGCCGUCGCUCAAGGCAUAUGGGCGGAUGUGGAAGAUGGCGCCGUUAUGCGCAGUUUAUAUGAGGAGGCGGGAACCGAGGAGGGUAGAGGGCACCGUAGCGCAAGGGUGUUUGCUAUAGAAGCGAUAUGGCUAUAUGAGAAGGGCGGGUGGAAGGAGCGAUUGCGGAAGGGCAAAUAGAUAUAAAACCAAAAAAAACCGAUCAGUACGCGGGGAGCGUAUGUGUGAAAAGUCAGUUAAUAUGAUAUGCAAUGAUGUAAUGAAGCAGAUAUAUACUCAGAGGUCGUAAUAUACUGGCCCUAGCUACGUGAUAAAAAAAAGACGGUAUAUAUAUAUAUGGAUAAUCACGACAUCCCGCAAAAACGACUUACAAGCAAGCGUAAGGGACCAACGCCGAGGGCAAAGAAGAAAUCCAUGAUUUUUAGACUAUUACAACAUAACACCGUCGAGAAAAAAUGACAUGAC